AUGAGCGCGGAGGCCAUCUGCAGCGCCUUGCCCGCCAUCCCGUACCACAAGCUCGCCGACCUGCGCUACCUGAGCCGCGGCGCGUCCGGCACCGUGUCGUCCGCCCGCCACGCCGACUGGCGCGUUCAGGUGGCCGUGAAGCACCUACAGAUCCACAGCCCGCUGCUCGACAGUGAAAGAAAUGAUAUCUUUAGAGAAGCUGAAAUUUUACACAAAGCUCGAUUUAGUUACAUUCUUCCAAUUUUGGGAAUUUGCAAUGAGCCUGAAUUUUUGGGAAUGGUUACCGAGUACAUGCCAAAUGGAUCAUUAAAUGAGCUCCUACAUAGGAAAAUCGAGUAUCCUGAUGUUCCUUGGCCAUUGAGAUUUCGUAUUCUGCAUGAAAUUGCUCUAGGUGUAAAUUACCUGCACAAUAUGAAUCCUCCUCUACUUCAUCAUGACCUGAAGACUCAAAACAUCUUAUUGGAUAAUGAAUUUCAUGUUAAGAUUGCAGAUUUUGGUUUAUCAAAAUGGCGUAAAUUGUCCCUUUCACAAUCACGAAGUAGUAAGUCUGCACCAGAAGGAGGGACAAUUGUUUAUAUGCCACCUGAAAACUAUGAACCCGGACAGAAAGCAAGGGCUUCUGUCAAGCACGAUAUAUAUAGCUAUGCAAUUAUUACCUGGGAAGUCUUAUCCAGAAAGCAGCCUUUUGAAGACGUCACUAACCCUUUGCAGAUUAUGUAUGGUGUGUCACAAGGACAUCGACCUGACAUUAAUGAAGAAAGCUUGCCGUCUGAUAUACCUCAUCGAGCACUUAUGGUCUCUCUAAUGGAAAGUGGGUGGGCGCAGAAUCCAGAUGAAAGACCGUCUUUCUUAAAAUGUUUAAUAGAACUUGAACCAGUUUUGAGAACAUUUGAAGAGAUAACUUUUCUUGAAGCUGUUAUUCAGCUAAAGAAAACAAAGUUACAGAAUGCUUCAAGAACUGUUCACUUAAGUGACAAGAAGAAAAGGGAGUUAUCUCCAAACAUACCUGAAAAUUCUGGUCCACAGGAGGAAUCGUGUGGAUCCUCUCAGCUCCAUAAAACUAGUGGUUCUCCUGGGACCUCAAGGUCCCUGUCAGCUCCUCAAGAAAAUGACUUUUCAUCUGGAAAAACUCCAGAUUUUUCUGUGCUGCGUCAGUGCUCAGUGAAUCACAGUCAGGAUAGUAACAUUUGUGCGGACCAUCGGGUAGCAUUCUGUGAUCACAGAGCCGCCCCAUGCUCUUUAGCAACAGUGAGUCCUCUCUCAGCUGAGGGAAGCUCAGGGCGAUUUCAGCCUGGUAUAGCCCAACAGUGGAUCCAGAGUAAAAGGGAAGACAUUGUGAGCCAGAUGACCGAAGCCUGCCUUAACCAAUCUCUAGACGCCCUCCUGUCCAGAGAUUUGAUAAUGAAGGAGGACUAUGAACUCAUUAGUACCAAACCGACAAGGACCUCAAAAGUCAGACAGUUAUUAGAUACCACUGACAUUCAAGGAGAAGAAUUUGCCAGAGUUAUAGUACAGAAGUUGAAAGAUAAUAAGCAAAUGGGUCUUCAACCUUACCCAGAAAUACUUGUGCUUUCUCAAUCACCAUGUUUAAAUGCCUUUCACAAUAAAAGCCAUAAAAAGUAA